UACUUCUGAAGUUUAUUAUUAUGAUAACUCUCGUAAUUAUUUAUAAUUUUGUGUGGCUGGAGAGACAAUAAAACCUUAGCACCUCAUAAAAUAUUAUUCAUGGCAAUCAAAAUAGUACUACUACAUGACAUAUGUAAUUGAUUUACCCACUCAAUAGUAGUACUUGAUAACUACUUCUCCCCUUUCUCCCCACUUCACACCUUGUCCAAUAAUCCCAUCUCAAUCUCAUCUCAUAAUCUUGAGGUUUACUUGGUUCUCUUCUUUCUCUUCAAUUGGCAGAUCGAUCGGAGAAACUUUGAUUGAUUUUUCGUCACAUUUGCUAAUUAAACGUACGUACAUCUCUUCACUUCUUUCUCUCUCCUUUCUCUCUCACGCACACACGCACUUGACCUUUCUCUAUAUAUAACCUCCUCCUCGCAACAGGCAAUAUCACUUACCUACUUCUUUUCUUCAUCAUCAUCAAUUUUUAUCUCAAGUACUUAUCUAUCUCUCUACUUCCAAAUAUCAUUUGCAUGAACUAAAUCACCAUUUCGAUCCAACCCUCUUCAAUUUCUUUCACUUUUUGUUUUUGGCUAAAUCAAACAAAAACUCUUAAUCCCGUAAGGUUAGCAAUAAAGUUUCAUCUAGUUAGACAUGAGUUACGAGCCUAACACAGCCCUUAAUCUAAGCCUGCGCAACAAUGAGCUCAACCUAGAGCUAAUACUAGACCGAUCAUCUUCAUCUUCUCUUCCAUUAACUCCGUCCGAACCGCGGGUUUUCUCGUGCAACUAUUGUCGGAGGAAAUUCUAUAGCUCACAAGCUUUAGGAGGUCACCAAAACGCCCACAAACUCGAGAGAACUUUAGCAAAGAAAAGCCGAGAACUCAGCUCGGCUGUCCGGCCUCACUCGGGUUCUAAUCAUCGAUCAUCCGGGUCGAUUUCUAGUCAUGGUCAACAGUCAAACAUCGGGCUUGAUCAACAUCAUCAUCAUGGAUAUGGACUAUUUAUGAGCGAAAUGAGCUAUGGGAGAAAGGAUCAGAUGGAUUAUGAUGAUUUGAGGAUGGAAAGCCAUCAUUGUUGGAAUAAAGGAGGAUAUAAGCCAGAAAUUGUUCAAGAAGACUACAGCCAAAUUGACUUGUCUUUACGGCUGUGAUAUUUUUUUUCUUUUGUUCUCUUCUUUUUACUAUCUACUAGUACUCCAAUUUUAGUUUCAUUAUUAUUAUUUUCUUUAUGGUGUGUUCAUCAAGUAUGAUCCAAAAUGCAAGAUAUAUGAAUUCUGGUAACAAAAAUGGUGAUUUUCUUGAACGGUGAAAAUCAAGAUAUUGAGGUUUAAACCUAGUUUGAAUUUUUGUAAAACAAGGUUUCCAUAUGUGGAAAGUAGUGGAGAUGUGGAAAUCCCAUGGAUAAUAUGUAGCUGUCAGGGCUCAUCGGAUCGUCACGGAUUUCCUUGCCAAAGAAUGAGGAAGGAAAUCAAAAUUAGGGAGUAAGAACAAUCAUGUUCAGCCCAAAUAAUUUCUUCCUAACCCUUGUAUUAAUUACCAUUCGAUUAUGUAUUUCCGGAAAGAAAAAAAAACUUUUAAGUUUUGACACAUGUUCCAUAGUUUUUCUAAUGAGGAUGUUAUUUAUUAGUUUAUUGUAAUAUUAAUAUCUAAAUUAUAUAUUAUUCACGGGUUCACGCCAGGAGUAAUUGGAAAUCACUAUUGAUCCCUUUGAAAAAACUGCAUUUUUUUUUAAAUCUGUUUUUAAAAUAUUCUUGAUUAUCUAAA